CGGGAGCCGCUGCCGCCAAGUCCGGACUCAACACCGCGCGCCGCCGACGCCCGCCUGCUCGACGUGCACUCCCGGUACGGUCGGGCCCCGAGCGCACUGCGCGGGAGGGUCAGGAGAGCGAGCUGCCUCCGGCUCGCUAGCUCGGCGCUGUCCCCGAAGGGGUCUCUGCUCCCGGGGAGUCGGGGGGAGGCAGGAUCCGCACGUGGACUCGGAGGUCACCGCACUCUGCUUUUGCUCUAAGUGGGCACCAUGGCCUGUGGUCCGGCUGGGGAACCGAGGUGGCCGCAGCUAUCCUGUGGCUGAAAGCCCAGGUGGAUGCAGAAAGACCAGGAAAUGACAGAUCUAAAGGGUGGGGCAUACCUCCGGGCUUAAAAUAGGCAAACAACGCAGAACUGGAGGUCUGGUUUCCAGAGCCCACCCAGCCGAAAAACCCUCAGAAGUCGCGGGUGAGGGAUAGAGGGAGGGGGUCGAAAGCCGCGGAGCGCUGCUUGCGUCGCUUUUUAACCAUGGGACUCUUCAAGAGGUGGACUCCAUGGGGCGGCUACUGCCUGCGGAUUAUAGGGCGCUCUUUGCGCAAAUUACACUUAUUAAGCAGCUGCUGAUGUAUCGGGUGCUACGCAAAGCACGGUGCAUGCAAAGAUGAAGCAGGAAGAGUCUCAGCCCUCCUGCCGAUGGUCUUUUGAGAGCAGGCUAUCUGGUACCGUCCCCUCCUCUUGAGAAAUGGGGGAACCUAAAGCUGGGAGAGGGUUAGGGCAUCUCUGAGGUCACAGAGUGGGUGGCAGAGUUGGGGGAGUAGACCCACUUUCUGCAGUGCUCGUCCCUCACCCGUGCCCCCACGUUGAAGGGAGCGCUGGAUCCCAGGGUUUAGGUUCUGGUGAGGCCAGGUCUAGAAAUAGCAGUGAUUUACACGGAGAGAUCUGAUUCCACCUUAGUGACUCUGGGCUGCCUGCCUGGAAGUCCUCUCGGAUAUUUUUGCCCUUUGGGGUGGUGUCAAGACCAGACGUGGUGCUUCAGGAUGCAACCUGUGAUAAUCUUUCCAGUGAAUGCAGUGCAGGGUUGGAUUAACAGGGCGAAGGCCCCCUCCCCGACACUGGGAAUGGAGGAUUCCACCAAGUAUCUAUUAACUUUAGGGCUCCAGGCCUCUGCAGCUAUUUUUGCACUUCCUGUACUGACAAAAUUUCCUCAUAUCGGGCCUCACGCCUUUGCAACAUGGAUCACGGCAGAAACCACACGAGGCGCCUCCCUCCCUGUUGGUUAACAGCUCCUUGGGUCUAGUAUUCCGAUUUAAAGUCUGGCUCUGCCCGCGGCCAGGGAGGCUGCCAGCUGGGGCACUAGUUAAGUCUAAAGUCCACCUCGGGGCUCUCUGCCUCGUGGCUCUCUCCCUUGUACCCUAAGAGCAGGACAGUUCCCAAUUAUUUCCGCUCUUGGGCGGGGCUUUCCAGACUGGCGCCUCUGCGCCAGCACCCAGCUCUCGAAAGCCGCGGUCUGUAGGCUCUACUCUUGUCCCCGCCCAGCGCUCGAAAUGAGCAUGCGCGCAAGUGUCGCGCCGGGCUGGGUGGGGGAGGGGCGGAAAACCCGAGGGUUCCCUGCCAACAGAGCUGUUGGUCUGAUCUCCGCCCCAUCUUCUGGGGCUGGAGGAAGGAGUGAGUGCGCAUGAGCAGAGGUUUGUUGUUGUUGUUGUUGUUGUUGUUGUUGUUGUUGUUGUUGUUGUUUUUAACAGCCUACGGCGUUCCGGUGGUUCCAAGAGGCAUUUACGGGAACCUUCCGCACAUUUCUCUCCACAUUUUUUGAGGGUUUGCAGGACUGGUGAUUGGAGUACAUUUGGGCAGGCAGUCACAGCGAUUUUGUGUGAGGAAAGGCAGCCCCGCUUGGGGUUAAUAAAUCAAGAUGAGUGAGUCCUCAGGAAGUUAUACUUACACCCAAACGUCAAUAUUAUUUUUCCACGCCAAGAUUCCUUUUGCUUCUAAGUCCAAUAUGGCAACUCUCAAGGAUCAACUGAUUCAGAAUCUUCUUAAGGAAGACCAUACCCCCCAGAAUAAGAUUACAGUUGUUGGGGUUGGUGCUGUUGGCAUGGCUUGUGCCAUCAGUAUCUUAAUGAAGGACUUGGCAGAUGAACUUGCUCUUGUUGAUGUCAUAGAAGACAAAUUGAAGGGAGAGAUGAUGGAUCUCCAGCAUGGCAGCCUAUUCCUUAGAACACCAAAAAUUGUCUCUGGCAAAGACUAUAAUGUGACUGCAAACUCCAAGCUGGUUAUCAUCACAGCUGGGGCACGUCAGCAAGAGGGAGAGAGCCGUCUUAAUUUGGUCCAGCGUAAUGUGAACAUCUUUAAGUUCAUCAUUCCUAAUGUUGUAAAAUACAGCCCAAACUGCAAGUUGCUUGUUGUUUCCAAUCCAGUGGAUAUCUUGACCUAUGUGGCUUGGAAGAUAAGUGGCUUUCCCAAAAACCGUGUUAUUGGAAGUGGUUGCAAUCUGGAUUCAGCCCGGUUCCGUUACCUAAUGGGGGAAAGGCUGGGAGUUCACGCAUUAAGCUGUCAUGGGUGGGUCCUUGGAGAGCAUGGAGACUCCAGUGUGCCUGUAUGGAGUGGAGUAAAUGUUGCUGGUGUCUCCUUGAAGAAUCUGCACCCUGACUUAGGCACUGAUGCAGAUAAGGAAAAGUGGAAAGAGGUUCACAAACAGGUGGUUGACAGUGCCUAUGAGGUGAUCAAACUGAAAGGCUACACUUCCUGGGCCAUUGGACUGUCUGUGGCAGAUUUGGCAGAAAGCAUAAUGAAGAAUCUUAGGCGGGUGCAUCCAAUUUCCACCAUGAUUAAGGGUCUCUAUGGAAUAAAAGAUGAUGUCUUCCUUAGUGUUCCUUGCAUCUUGGGACAGAAUGGAAUCUCAGACGUUGUGAAGGUGACCCUGACUCCUGAGGAAGAGGCCCGUUUGAAGAAGAGUGCAGAUACACUCUGGGGGAUCCAAAAAGAGCUGCAGUUUUAACGUUUUCUAAUGUUGUACCACUUCACUGUCUAGACUACAACAGGAUUUUUAGUUGGAGGUUGUGUAUAUUGUCCUUAUUAUCUGAUCUCUUAUUCAAGUAAUAAUAUUAAAAAUGGCCUAGGAAAAACAUCAGUUUCCUAAGUUACAAAUAGGAAUGGUUCACAAAACCUUGCGGCUACAUCCUGAUGCUGGACGGUACCCAUCUUGCGUCGUCCUAAGUUGGUUAACUUAAAAUAGUUCCACCACCUCAGAGACACCACUGCCAAUGUGGCAUAUGCUGCAGUUGCUAUUCAAACCAGAUGUGUAUUUACUGUGUGUUGUAUUACUUCUGGUUCCUUCACCCAACAUGCCUAGACCAACUUUUUUUUUUUUUCUCCAGCCAAUCACCUCCUGGGAUCCAAUGUAUAAAUUCAGUAUUGCAUGUAUUGUGCAUAACUGUUCUAAAGGAUCUUACUUUGUGUCGUAUAUAAGCCAGAAUACAGUGUACAUUGCCAUAUAAUGUAAAAAGAAAGAUCUACGUAUAAACAAUGCAACCAUCUAAGUGUCAUACCAACCAACUAAAAUAUCAAAUAAACUUUGAACAGUGA